AUGGCAACACCGACAGGCAACGACGCCAACCUCACAGCCAAGCGGCUUAAUGUCCUCGUCUAUUCCGGAACCGGAACUACAGUCGACUCCGUCCGCCACUGCCUCUAUACUCUCCGUCGCUUGCUUGCGCCGAACUAUGCUGUUACCCCCGUGACGGGCGAUAUGCUCCUCAAGGAGCCCUGGCUGGGUACCUGCGCGCUGCUGGUGAUUCCCGGCGGCGCGGAUCUGGGGUAUGGCCGGACGCUCAAUGGGGCUGGGAACAGGCGUAUUGCACAGUUUGUGCGGCGGGGUGGGAAAUACCUGGGGUUUUGUGCGGGUGGGUACUACGGGUGCAAGCGGUGCGAGUUCGAGGUCGGGGAUAAAACUAUGGAGGUUGUAGGGGACCGUGAGCUGGGGUUCUUCCCUGGGACUUGUCGGGGUGGGGCGUUUCCUGGCUUUGUUUAUCAUAGUGAGGCUGGAGCUAGGGCUGCUGAGCUCAGCGUCUCGAAGGAAGCGCUGAGUGUUGGUGUUCUGCCGGAGCAGUUCCAUUCGUAUUAUAAUGGCGGGGGUGUUUUUGUGGAUGCGGCUAAGUUCAAAGAACAAGGCGUUGAGGUGCUUGCUAACUAUGCGGAGAGGCUUAAUGUAGAUCCUGGGGAGGAAGGUGCUGCUGCUGUUGUCUACUGCAAGGUUGGUGACGGGGCAGCUGUUUUGACAGGGCCACAUCCAGAGUAUGUACUUGAUGGAAGCCACGAACGUUAUGCUGCUAACGCUUCCACGAGGUUUGCUGCAGUAAACCUGGACCCGAAGGCUGGAGGGCCUGAGUUUGCAGACGUUGUGAAAACAAUCGCUGCCGAUGACAAGGGGCGCGCGGACUUUCUCAAGGCUUGCUUGUCGAAACUAGGGCUGCAGGUUGCUGAAAACGACAAUGCCAUUCCUUCAUUGUCAUCUUUACAUAUCUCAGGCCUAAAGCCUGAAGGCCCGAUCGAGACCCUUGCACUUCUUGCACCGGACCUUGAAAAAGAAGAUGAUAACGAAUACUUGCGAGAUGAGAACGACAAGUUCAGAAUAGAGCGGCCGGGGGCUUGGAAUCUGGAUGAUCUCGCGAAGUCGCUUCCACAAGAAUCAUCGCCCGGCGAGGGAAUUGUUGACUAUCAAGCGAUCAUCAAGAGGCUUGUAUUUCAUGACGACCUCCCAUCAUCGAAGCUGACUCCCUACUUCAACCACGAUGCUUUCUAUGCUAAUUUGCGCCAUUAUCAAUCUGAAUCACGCCUGGGCGCCUCGGAGUUUGGUACAAACCUCAUGUAUGGCGAGGUAGUAACGAGCACCAAUACAAUUCUUGAAAAAAAUACGAAGCUCCUUCGCCGCUUGCCAAAUGGGUUCACAGCCACAGCCACAGUUCAGGUUGCUGGGCGUGGACGUGGAUCUAAUGUCUGGAUCUCUCCAGCAGGUGCUCUGAUAUUCUCAACGGUGGUGCGGCACCCGAUCGAGAAGAUUCAAUCAGCCCCUGUCGUCUUCAUUCAAUACCUAGCGGCUAUGGCGAUUGUGAAGGGUAUCAAGAGCUACGCCAAGGGCUAUGAGCAAAUUCCAGUCAAGUUGAAGUGGCCAAACGACGUUUAUGCCUUGGAUCCUGCAGACCCCGAGCAGAAGCGAUACACAAAGAUCUGCGGCAUCCUAAUCAACUCCCACUUCAUGUCAAAUGAAUAUAUUUCCGUCGUUGGAAUUGGUCUGAACGCCACAAACGUCUCUCCCACUACUGCCCUUACGGCCCUGGCUGCCCGCUAUGCUGCUCCAGGUGCCGCUGCAGCUUUCCCAGUUACUCUUGAAAAGCUCCUUGCACGAAUACUCACUACAUUCGAAGACUUGUACACCCGUUUUUUGCGCACAGGAUUUGAUCGCACGUUCGAGGAGAUGUACUACGAAGACUGGCUCCAUAUGCACCAGAUAGUGACGCUGGAGGAGGAGGGUGGGGCGCGCGCUCGUAUCCAGGGUAUCACGCGCGACUAUGGUCUGCUCCUUGCUCAGGAGUUGGGAUUCGGCGACAGACCGACAGGCCGAGUAUGGCAGCUCCAAAGUGACAGUAACAGCUUUGAUUUCUUCCGAGGAUUGGUGAAGCGGAAGGUGUGA